CACAUCAAGUAAACAAUGCUUCCCACUUGGCUGACCGAGAAGUACCUAGAGCCAAAGUUAAGGACAUAUUACAAAGAUGAUCAGCUCAAGGUCCUCAAAAUCUGGGCCCAACCGGCGACGGAAAAAGGUCAGAACUAUAUGAGUCUUAUGACCCGGAUCCACGUGGACUAUCAGCAGGGUGAUGGACUGGUUCAGAAAAGGUCCUACAUCGUCAAGCAAGCUCUAUCCGAUAAUGUUCCCCAAGCCAAGGUUUUCGUGGAGUACGAUGUGUACAACAGGGAAAUGGACAUGUACGAGUUCGUCCUGCCUAAAAUGAAGGAACUGCUCCAGGAAGCUGGUCUUAAAGGAAAGAUUACUGCUGAUGCCAUCGCUGUGGACCGGGAAUAUAGUACCAUUAUACUGGAAGAUCUGUCGCAGUACAACUACGUUAGUGCGGAUCGAGUAAAGCAGCUAAAUCUGGCUCAUACCAAACUGACUUUGGAAAUGUUGGCCAAGUUCCAUGCCGCAUCCAUAAUCCUGAUUCAGCGCCAUCCGAAACUUCUAUCCAAGUGUUUUUAUACCCAUUUCUUUUCGCGCGACAAAGAGGGCUAUACAGAGGUAUACCAGGGUGUGUUUGGGGCCUUCUUAAGGUUCAUAAAUGAACAACCCGAUAUAAAGCGAAGAUAUGGCAACAAGUUGGAGAAAUUGCAUAGUUUCAUUAUGGAGUAUGGGGCUAGGAUAUUUGAAGUGAAUGAAGAAGAACUGUUAACGUUGAUCCAUGGUGAUUGCUGGACCACCAAUAUUAUGUUUCAGUACGAUGAUGAGGGUCAUCCCCAGACAUCUGUAGCUAUAGAUUUUCAAUUCAGCAACUGCACCUCCCCCGCCAUCGACUUGCACCACUUCUUCACAGUUUCCCUCAGGGAGGAGUUUCAGGACAUGGAAUCAGAACUCGUUGAGAAAUAUUAUAGCGAUCUGAAAGCAAAUUUGGAAAAGCUUUCUCAUACCGGUAUAUUUCCCAGCCUUCAAGAUUUUCGGCUUCAGUUCGAACGUCGCCGAUUCAUGACCCUUUUGUCUCAUCUCUUCAAACCUGUUAUUAUCUACAAUGGCAGUGAAGUGACCUCAGACUUUUCAAGUCUAUAUAAAGAAACCGAAGAGGGACUGAGGUUUCAGAAGUCCAUCCAUGCCAGCGAUAUUGUGAUCAGAAGUUCAACUAGAUUGCUAGCUAUUCUUGAUGGCAAGGGUCUCUUGGAUCUACAGUAGGUUAAGCCAUUUUAAUCAAAUACAUAGUCUUAUAAGUAUAAGAAGAUAUGUUUAACAAAAAACGACUUAUCUCUUAUUUUAAUGUACUUUAAAAACAGACUUGAAAGAAGGAAGAUAAUUUCUU